UUGUACUGGAGGAGGAGCCCAAUUCUCAAAUGAAUAUAAAGAUACACAGUUUGAUGAGUUUGAAAGAGCAUAAUACCUCAGGAAGCAACAGCCUGAACAGAAGAGAGCAGUUUGGACUAAGACCAAGCACAAAGAAACCUACAGCUUUCAGACUCAGGUUAUACAAACAGGUUCUCUCUCCCCGCGGAGUUUGCACAGCUGAGAUUAAGCCAAGCCCUUGAGAAAGCUAGAGACGAAGCAGACAAGCGGAAGUUUCACUGCCUUUUCAGACAUGAACAGAGACGCGGUUGAGAUUCAGGCCCAGUACGAGCAGCAGGGGUAUCUGUCGGCUCUUCCUAUCCUGAGUCCAGAAGAGCUGCAGCAGGCCCGGGAUGCCUUCGCUGAGCUGGAGAGAAAACAUGGUGUAGAUUACACCGCUUACAGCCUUCAUAAUAUCCACCAGGAGUACGACUGGGUGAUGGCCCUCGCCAAGCACCCUAGGCUUCUUGAGGUGGUCACUGCAGUUCUGGGACCCGACGUCAUCCUACUUGACUCCAGAUUCAUUUGUAAAUAUCCAGUGAAAAAGCCAGAUAGCAAUGGUGUCAUCCAAUUGAGCAACGAGAAGGAUGGGAUGCCAUUUGUAGCCUGGCACCAGGACAUGAAGUACUGGGGUUUUGAUGGAGGUCCGGUUCUGUCUGUCUGGCUUGCCCUUGAUGACUCACUUGAGGACAAUGGAGCACUGCAGGUUAUUCCAGGAAGUCACCACUCUGGUCUUCUGCCCCAUCACCAAUCAAAACGAGCUGGCAACAUGUUAAGCGUCAAUCAAGAGAUCCCAGAUGAGCUGGUGCAGGCAGAGAAUGCCAUCUUAUGCCCCCUUCAAGCUGGUCAGAUGUCUAUCCAUGAUGGACUUCUGGUUCAUGCCAGUGAUCCUAACACUUCUAAUAGGAGGCGCUGUGGCUACGUCAUCCGAUAUGUCCCUACAUGUGCUUAUCCAAUCCAGGACCCUGAGAGGCCCAGGAGUUUUCCUGACACAGUGCUGGUCAGCGGUUUUGACAAAUACAACCAUUUCUCCAACAAAACCUCCAAACUGUGACCGGCUUAUACAGAACUCUUUAUUUAAGACAUGGGUGCUUUGGGACUAAUUGAACUCUAACAGUGUGUUUCCCCUCAAACGGAACAUUAUAUUAUACAUUUAACAUUAUAUUUUUAGCUUGUAUUUAUUAUUACUUUUAUUAUUAACAAUAGUUAGUAUUACUCCUGACAAUCAAAGUAUAAUUUAAAAGAUUUUGCAUGUAAUAUCUACAUAAUUAUUCAAACUUUGUUUAUGUAUAUUUCAGACUUUUCAGGAAAUCAUGUGUCAUGGGAUUUUGUCUAAUGUGUUCUUUACCUGAAUUGUCACGUUCUGAAAAUGGAACUGAUCUGAAAUACUCAAUAAAUUGUUUAAUAUUA